GAUUAUAAAAGGAGGAGGGUAAAAAUAAUAAAUUAAAAGAUGUGCAGUAUGUCAAUGGGUUGAAGAAUGGGACUAUAACAAAAUCAUCAUUUGCAAUAGGUGUCAAAUAGCUGUGCAUCAAGAAUGCUAUGGAGCACGAAAUCUCCGUGAUUUCACAUCAUGGGUUUGUAGAGCAUGUGAGACACCUGAUAUCGAGCGGGAGUGUUGCCUUUGUCCUGUGAAAGGGGGUGCUUUAAAACCCACAGAUGUGGCUCAGUUGUGGGUUCAUGUUACUUGUGCUUGGUUUCAACCUGAAGUGUGCUUUGCUAGUGAUGAGAAAAUGGAACCAGCUGUUGGAAUCUUGAGAAUUCCUUCAAAUUCAUUUGUUAAGAUAUGUGUUGUGUGCAAGCAAAUACAUUGUUCCUGCACACAAUGUUGCAAGUGUUCCACCUAUUAUCAUGCUAUUUGUGCAUCAAGGGCAGGUUACCGCAUGGAGCUGCAUUGCAUGGAGAAAAAUGGGAAACAAGUAACAAAAAUGGUUUCAUAUUGUGCAUACCACAGGGCUCCAAAUCUCGAUACCGUUUUAAUCAUACAUACUCCAAAAGGAGUCUUCUCUGCUAGAAGCCUCGCUUAGACCAAACACACAGGUUCAUGAUUAAUUGCAACAACCAGAUUGGAACUUGAGGAAAUUCCCGCUGCUGAGGGUGAUGAAAUUGAACCAUUUUCAGCAGCAAGAUGUCGUGCCUUUAAACGCCUGAGGAAUAAGACAACAGGAGAAGAAGCCAUUUUCCACCGAGUGAUGGGUCCACGUCGUCAUUCUUUUGCUAAAAUACGCAGCUUGAAUCCAAUAAAAGAAGCAGAGGAGCCUAAAACAUUCUCUACUUUUAGGGAGCGGCUUCGCCAUUUACAGAGAACAAAAAACGAUCGAGUUUGCUUUGGCCGUUCUGGGAUACACAGAUGGGGUCUUUUUGCGCGCCGAAGCAUCCCAGAAGGAGAGAUGGUUCUUGAGUAUCGUGGUGAGCAGGUCAGGCGAAGUAUUGCUGAUCUGAGGGAGACAAAAUAUCGAAUUGAGGUCUAACCGUAUUCAUUGGCUCCCUCACGUCAUCAUAGUAACAUACCAGUACAUCAUUCUCUAAUAAUUAAUCUCUUUAUUUAUUUAUUUUUUUGUCAUUUUUAGGUAGGUGGAGGGGGGAGGCUUGGUUGUUAAUGUUAUUCUCUUUUUGCGUUCUUUUUUUCGGGGCUUAUUCAAUUAUUAUAGGCUAAAAGGUUUGGUGGAGGCGUUUUGUAUAGAUCGGUUGUUUAUUGUGACUGAAUGCUAAUGUGAUUAGUUUUCACUUACAGAGAGAAUAUAAUGGACAGAAAAAAGGCUUUGCUUGAUU